UCCCGCCCACAAUGGCCCCGCCCCCCUCGCGGAACAUCCACAUCCGGAUACCGCUCGGUGCUGGCCACCAUGGCGCUGUGCGAGCGGGCGGCCAGCGGGAGCUCUCUGCUGUGGCCUCGGGUGUUGCUCUUCGGGGACUCCAUCACGCAGUUCUCUUUCCAGCCCGGUGGAUGGGGUGCAAUGCUUGCUGACCGACUUGUCAGAAAAUGUGAUGUUCUGAAUCGUGGAUUUUCAGGUUACAAUACCAGAUGGGCCAAGAUUAUCCUCCCAAGAUUAAUUAGUAAAGGCAGCAGCACGGAAAACCCAGUGGCGGUUACAGUUUUCUUCGGUGCCAAUGACGCCACACUCAAAGAUGAGAACCCCAAGCAGCACGUCCCCUUGGAUGAGUACAGUGCGAACCUGAGGGCCAUGGUGCAGUACCUGAGGUCUGUGGACAUCCCGGAGGAUCGAGUUAUCCUCAUCACCCCACCCCCGCUGGGUGAAGCAGCCUGGGAGAAGGAAUGCGUCCUGAAAGCCUCUAGGAGCUGCUCCCGUCUGGCUUCCUUGGGCAGUUGGAGAAGACGUGAUGGUUGCAAAUUAAAUCGCCUGAACUCCAUCGUUGGUGAAUAUGCUAAUGCGUGUCUCCAAGUAGCCAGAGACUGUGGGACUGAUGUCCUUGACCUGUGGACCCUGAUGCAGAAGGACAACCAGGACUUCUCACCCUACUUAUCAGAUGGCCUGCACUUAUCACCAAAGGGGAAUGAGUUUCUGUUCUUAAACCUCUGGCCACUACUGGACAAGAAGGUUUCCUCUCUGCCGUGGCUGCUUCCUUACUGGAACGAUGUGGAGGAAGCAAAGCCUGAGCUGAGUCUGCUGGGAGACGGAGACCAUUAGUCAGCUGAAGCCUUCCCAAGGAGUGGUUCCUGCAGUACGUGCGUCACCUCCAGCUGUAAUUCACAAGCAGUCUGAGAGUCACUGUUCAUGUACAUAACUCAGCAAGUUGAGUAAACAUUUUUCAAGAUUA